UUGGUUUUCAGUCGAUAAUUGUACCGAACGCUAACGCGUAGUCGUUUGCUCAAAAGAGGCACUAAUUUAUACUUAACUAAUUAUAUAGUUAUGGUGUUUUUUGAUAGUAAUUAUUGAAGUUGAUUAUCAGACUUUUGUUAUUAAAUGCUUACUGGAGAAGAUUUCGAUUUUCUUUUAUGUGAAGUGAACAAUAUUGAUUAGUUUUGGUGGAGUAGUGGAACUAGGAACUAGCAAAAUAAAUAAUGGACAAAAUACAACAUAGGAAUACUGUCUUCUUGAUCACAGUAACAAUUCUAUCCUGGAUGUCUGUGGUGGAAAGCAUAGACUGUUUUAAAUGCGUGUCUAUGAACGGCCGCUUCCCGGCGUGCGACGAUCCUUUCCACAACAACCACUCGCUUCAGCUGCUCGAAUCGCCUUGUAUGGGCGGCAGGAAGGGGAGAGACGGUCUCUUCCCUGCCACAUCGUGUAUCAAGAUCGCUGGGAUAUUCGAUGAUACUGGCGAGAAGAUUACAGUCCGCGGCUGUGGGCUGGACUCGGGCACCGCUACGACAGACACGGAGAUCAUAAGAAUGUCGCAUUGUGGACGAUUCUACUACGAUGACAGAUACGUACACGGCUGCCUCCAGAGUUGCAAUGACGCGGACGCCUGCAACUCCUCUGACGUCAUCAAAUCCCCGAUGCUACUGGCAACACUAUUACUGAUGACGUCAUCACUCAGCUAACGGAUGUCAUGUUAUGUAGUUUAAUUUAUACAACGCUAUUCGUGCACGAUAACAUGAUGCUGGAGUGACCUUGUCUUUGAUAGCAUAGACUAUAUCUACUAAUGCAAGUGGCAUACCUGUAAUGUUAUAUUGAAAAAAUAUAUGUUACGUGAACAUAAUAUAUUUGCGGCAAUUCAUAUAAUAAGUUUUAUGUCUGUCCAGGCCGCGUUUGUUUUCUUUUCAUCUUUGAAACUGUUGUGUCAGAUUUUAAUGGGACUCUUAUUGGAAGGUAUUUGAUGUAUGCGGUAAAAUAUCUAUAAAUGGAUAGGUUAUUGAUUGAAAAAUCAGUUCUGAUCCUAACCACUGUUAGCAAUCGUAACCAUCAGCGCCAAAAUGGCGAUAAUCGAAUGAGCACAAAAUACCGCGACUAUAGCCUGUCAUGCAUAGAGGUCAGUGAUGCGAAAGUAACAUAAGCUACUUUUUUAUCCGCGCUAAAGAAAUGGCUGAAUAACAAUUAAAUUUAUUAUAAAUUCUGUAUAACAAUAAAACACACAAUUAGUUAAAUAUGUAUAUUUGCCAUUAAUUAUUAUUUUUAAACGUUUAUUAACAUAUCUUUGGAUAUGACAAAUAUAUUUGACUCGGUGAGAGGCGCUACUAUCGCGGUUCAUUCGGCAUAGGAAACAAAAGAGAAUAAUCUCGCUAAGACAAGAUACAGCACGAUUCUUUUGUUAUUGACAGGAGGGCGCUAGUGAGCUGUCAAUUAAGUUUGACUUACGCUCAUCGAGUCAAAUAUCCUUGUCGGUUUUUAUCACUGAUUUCUAUAAAUGUAUAAGCGAUUUUUUGGAAGUAAUAGCUAUUGUUUCAUUCCGAUUUAAACACCCCUGCGGGGUUAGACAAAGAGCAUUCGCCAGCGAUUCCAUAACGAUCUUCAAGUAAGUAUAUAACUGAUAAUAACUUUGGAUAAGUCACGCGAUUGUCGCGACACAGUUGCAUACAAUCUUUGAACUUAGUAGCGACUGCAUUUUGUCUAGCUUCGCCGUUUAAUUGUAUUAGUUCCAAUUCACACCACCGCUAUAAAACUCUACCAUAAGCUCCAAAAUGGUGAAAAUCAAAUAGGCACAAAAUACUUCGUCUUAUAAGCCAGUCCAUUUAUAGA